CCUGGUGCUGUGGCUGGCACCGGGCACAUGCCAGCGCCUCGACCCCGGCGCCAAGCACCCGACAAUCACCACCAACUACGGCAAGCUGCGUGGCGUGAAGAAGGAGCUGAACAACGAGAUCCUGGGGCCCGUGGAACAGUACCUAGGGGUCCCAUAUGCCACUCCGCCCAUCGGUGACCGCCGCUUCCAGCCGCCCGAGGCGCCCGGCUCGUGGCCCGAAGUGCGCAACGCCACACAGUUCGCGCCGGUCUGCCCGCAGAACCUGCACGGCGUGCUGCCCGAGAUCAUGCUGCCCGUGUGGUUCACCGACAGCCUGGAUGUGGCCGCCACAUACAUCCAGAACCAGAGCGAGGAUUGCCUCUACCUCAACGUCUACGUGCCCACGGAGGAUGGUCCGCUCACAAAAAAACAUGAUGAAUCUACAAUGAACCGGCCGCGAGAUGAAGACAUCCGCGACCGCCGGAAGAAGCCUGUCAUGCUGUUUGUUCAUGGCGGUUCAUACAUGGAAGGAACUGGAAACAUGUUUGAUGCCAGUGUGCUAGCUGCCUAUGGCAACGUCAUUGUGGUCACCAUGAACUACCGGCUGGGAGUGCUAGGGUUUCUCAGUACAGGAGACCAAUCUGCUAAAGGGAACUAUGGGCUGUUGGACCAGAUCCAGGCCCUGCGCUGGCUGAACGAGAACAUUGGCCAUUUUGGGGGUGAUCCAGAGCGCAUCACCAUCUUUGGCUCAGGCGCAGGGGCCACCUGCAUAAACCUUCUCAUCCUCUCCCACCAUUCAGAAGGCCUCUUUCAGAGGGCCAUUGCCCAGAGCGGCUCUGCCAUCUCCAGCUGGUCCAUCAACUACCAACCCCUGAAGUACACCAGGAUCCUGGCCCGCAAGGUGGGCUGUACAUACGCGGAGACGGCCGACCUUGUGGACUGCCUGCGGAGGAAGAGCUUCCGGGAGCUGGUGGAUCAGGACAUCCAGCCUGCGCGUUACCACAUCGCCUUUGGGCCUGUGGUGGAUGGAGAUGUGGUGCCGGAUGACCCAGAGAUCCUUAUGCAGCAGGGGGAGUUCCUGAAUUAUGACCUCUUGAUUGGGGUGAAUCAAGGGGAGGGGCUCAAGUUUGUGGAUGAUAGCGGCUCAGAGAGUGAAGAAGGAAUUUCAGCAGCUGCAUUUGAUUACACUAUCUCCAACUUUGUGGACAACCUCUAUGGAUACCCUGAAGGUAAAGACAUCUUGAGGGAGACCAUUAAAUUUAUGUACACCGACUGGGCAGAUCGGGAUAAUGGAGAAAUGCGCCGCAAGACCCUGCUGGCACUAUUCACAGAUCACCAGUGGGUGGCGCCAGCAGUGGCUACGGCCAAGCUGCAUGCGGAUUACCAGUCGCCCGUCUACUUCUACACGUUCUACCACCACUGCCAGACGGAGACGCGUCCGGAGUGGGCGGACGCGGCGCACGGUGACGAGAUCCCCUACGUGUUCGGAGUACCCAUGAUCGGAGCCACCGACCUGUUCCCCUGCAACUUCUCCAAGAACGACGUCAUGCUCAGUGCCGUGGUCAUGACCUACUGGACCAACUUCGCCAAGACUGGGGAUCCUAACUUGCCAGUUCCCCAAGACACUAAGUUCAUCCACACCAAGCCCAACCGCUUCGAGGAGGUUAUCUGGACCAAGUUCAACUCCAAGGACAAGCAGUACCUGCACAUCGGCCUGAAGCCCCGCAUCCGGGACAACUACCGUGCCAACAAGGUGGCCUUCUGGCUGGAGCUGGUCCCCCACCUCCACAACCUCCAUGAGGAGCUGCUGAGCUCCACGACAACGCGCCUGCCACCAGGAACCACGCGACCCCCGCACUGGAAGGGCCCGGGGCCCCGCACCACCCGCCUACCCUACCCCACCUUCCCCCCAGACCUAGAUCCCGAAGGCUCGGAGCGUCCUCGCUUCUCGCCCUUCCCGAGUGACACGCGUGACUACUCGACGGAGCUGAGCGUGACGGUGGCAGUGGGCGCCUCGCUCCUCUUCCUCAACAUCCUGGCCUUCGCCGCGCUCUACUACAAGCGCGACAAGCGGCAUGAGAUGCGGCGGCACCGGCUAUCCCCGCAGCGCGGCGUGCCUGCCAACGACUUGGCCCACAGCCAGGAGGAGGAGAUCAUGUCGCUGCAGAUGAAGCACUCUGAACACGACGUGCACCACGACAUGGAGCCGCUACGGCCGCACGACAUCCUGCGGCCUGCCUGCCCGCCGGACUACACGCUGGCGCUGCGCCGAGCACCCGACGACGUCCCGCUGAUGACGCCCAACACCAUCACCAUGAUCCCCAGUACCAUCACUGGCAUGCAGCCCCUCCAUGCCUUCAACACGUUCCCUACCACCACUGGCCACAACAACACCCUGCCCCACCAGCACUCCACCACCCGCGUAUAGUACUGCCCUCUAGUGGGGAGGAUGCGCUCCUACACACAGCCUCUUUUAAUCUCCCUGUGCCCCCCUUUUGAACUCCUCUCUCUUACAGUACUUACACUUUCUGUUGAAAAGGUGCAACAGUGCCUCCUGGUGGUUCUCUCAUAGACUCAAAUGAACAGGUUGAAUUAGACAGAAACGUGGAAGGCACCUUGGAAGUUUUUUUCAGACUAUGCUGCGAGCCCAAGGGCUCGGACUGACAGUGAGAUAAUGUCCAUAAAUUGUUGCUUUGGGAGCCUUUUCCCACAGUCUCCUAAGUGGAACAGAGUGGUUCACUGGGGAGCAAGUGACACUGUUAUGGCACAUGGAGAGAGAGAAAGAGAGAGGAUGAUAGAGGAAUUUUUCUAGAUUUCUUUACUCCAUUCUGUCUAGAAUGAAAGACUGCAGUUAUUGUGGCCUCAUCUCUGUUCUCAUCAGAUCACUGAUAUCUUAUCUCUCCUUAACUCUCUCCAUUGUUCCAUUAUAGCAGUUUCAUUGUCCAAUCGUCUUGAGCCAAUCCUCUGAGCACUGUCUGAAAAUGCUCUGUGACCUUGUGUAACGCACAGUGGAGUCAUUUUUAUACAAAACAUAUGUGCAGUAAGCAGAUGACACGUGACACUCCAUGGACAUGUUCCGUCUACCAGCAAUCAUGGUGCCAAGUACUGAGUUGUAGCCCUGCAACAAGAUAGACGGUGUUAGACCACUGCGCCCUGGAACUGUAGGAUGUUAAAAGAGCCAGCCGGCUCACUCUCCAUUAGUUCUUUUGUUCUUUUUAUUCAUUUUUUGUUAUUUAUAGCCUGUGUAUACAGAGAAUGAUAUAUAUUGGAGGUUUGCUCGGUGGGAUCUAUGCAUGAAACAUUUUUCAAACAAGGAGGCACUCAGCGGUAGACUCACAGCACAUAUAUAAUGUAUAUGAAGCUUAAAUGUUUGUGGGUUUUUUAUUUUCCCGAUUACAGUUCAAAAUGGUGUCAAGGGUCAACUGUGUUUAUCUACAGGUGCAACCAUGCCCUUUAGACAUCAUCGCUGGGUGAACAAAAUAGACCGUUAGAAAAGCUAGAAAAACUCCAGCCACUUCUUCUCUUUUUUAGGUGGGAUGUAAUUUUCUUUCUGAAUAUGUUCAUUUAUUGCUCUGGCAAGGUCCUUUCAUUCUUUCAUGUCAGUGCAGAAUUAUUGGUGCUACUGUUUCAGAGUUGUCGGCCCAUGACCUUGGCAGUACUGUGUGUUGAGUGUACUAGUGGAUUACCAGUGUGACAUGCUUGUGGUCACCUCACGCUGAGGGCGUCAGCAGCAGCCUGGCCAGCUGUCUCAUGUGCUAAACAGAUGUAGCCUACUGAUCCCUCAGCUCGUGCAAUUGGGCUCGGUCAAAUAGUUUCUAUAGUGUACUCACCUGUGUCGCAACAAGCUUUUCUUCAUUUUCACUUUCUCCUGCUGUUUGCACAUUUAUUUCCUGAGCAUGCUCAUUCAUGUUUGUGGCAGUUAGCUUGUGUGUGUGUGUGUGUGUGUGUGUGUGUGUGUGUGUGUGUGUGUGUGUGUGAACUGCAUGCCAUCAGUGCCUCAGUACGAGAACACUGCUAACUGAAAGAAAAUUAGACAGAAAGAAUGGGAAGAAAAUGUCAGAAAAAUGGUGAAAUAAGUAUCAGACUUCUGAAGUUGACCACAUCAAAUGCCUUUUGUCUUUGCUUUUGUUUUGUUUUGAAGACUCCCGCUAGAUUUUCCCUCUUUCCUCACUUCCUCUCAGGAUUCGACUCCACACAGCAUGGUGGGAAUCUUAGAGCAGAGAAUGUAGCAAAUCUUCUUUUUCUGCCUUUCAGAGCAACUUUCAGUGAAGCAGUUCCUAAAACAUCAAACCCAUAGUGUUGUGGCAUAACCCCACACACACCAUCACUAUGGUCAAAGCAUCAAACCCAUAGUGUUGUGGCAUAACCCCACACACACCAUCACUAUGGUCAAACCAUCAAACCCAUAGUGUUGUGGCAUAACCC